CUACCAAUAACGGAAAGAAACUCCUCCACCUCACUUCACUUUCUUCUUCUUACCACACUGACAACUCUCUCUCUCUCUCUCUCUCUCUCUUUUUCUUUCAGUACUAGAAAACAAAAAAACAACUCGUCAGCAAAAUCUGUCUCCGUCUGUGCAAUCAUCUUUCUUCUUUUAUAACCAAAGCAAAGCAUACAUUCUACUAAUAAUUAAAUCAAAUUCAGAAGAAAAUGCCUUCUUCUCCUAAAUUCUUUCACUCCCGCCUAUCACAACCCUCGAAUUCUCGCAGAUCAACGGUUCUGAUUCUCUCUUGCCUUCUUAUCGGGAUCUCCGGUUUCAUCUUCGGCCUCACUUCCUUUCUUACCUGCUCUCACACCUACCGUUGUUUCAAUAACUCCCCGCCGCGAUCCGUCCGUGUCGUCUGGGGAAGCAAUAGCAACAAUAAUGACAAUGGUGUUGGAAACGCCCUCCUUUUGGAUGGUGAGGAAAGGAGAGAGAGACAGAAGGUUAUGGGGUUUGUUGGGAUUCAAACUGGGUUCGGGUCAUCGGGUCGGAGACGGUCCUUGAGGAAGACUUGGAUGCCAUCCGAUCGACAGGGACUUCAACGGUUGGAAGAAUCCACUGGUUUGGCAUUCAGGUUUGUUAUUGGUAGAACUAAUGAUAAAUCGAAGAUGGCGGAGCUCAAAAGGGAGAUUGCAGAAUAUGAUGAUUUCUUGUUAUUAGAUAUUGAGGAACAGUAUAGUCAGCUCCCAUAUAAAACGUUAGCAUUCUUUAAAGCUGCCUAUGCACUUUUUGAUUCUGAGUUCUAUGUUAAAGCUGAUGAUGACAUAUAUUUGAGGCCAGAUCGUCUUUCAACUCUUUUGGCGAAAGAGCGUGCUCACUCUCAAACUUAUCUUGGAUGCUUGAAAAAGGGACCAGUUUUCACUGAUCCAAAGCUCAAAUGGUAUGAGCCACUAUCCUAUUUGCUUGGGAAGGAGUACUUUCUUCAUGCGUAUGGUCCAAUAUAUGCUCUUUCUGCAGAUGUUGUCGCAAGUUUAGUUGCUCUCAGAAACAACAGUUUCCGAAUGUUCAGCAAUGAAGAUGUUACAAUAGGUGCAUGGAUUCUGGCAAUGAAUGUUAAUCAUGAGGAUAACAGAGCGCUGUGCUCACCAGAGUGUACACCAUCAUCAAUUGCAGUCUGGGACAUUCCCAAAUGUUCAGGGCUUUGUAAUCCAGAAGCUAGAUUGUUAGAACUCCAUCAGCAGGAGAGCUGCUCAAAGAGUCCCACUAUGGAAUCUGAUGAUUAGCAUUUUGGUUAUCCUUUUCUUCCAAAGGAGUUAGAUUGGAGUGGGAUUUAUGAAUUGCAUACUCCGUGAAGUUGGUAGUGCUGCUAACAGAUACGUCUAACCAUCUCCUUCAGUCCAUCUUAUUUUUUUUUCAAAAUUUUAUACUGUCACAAACCUUUUGGUAGGUUUAGACUAUAGGAGAAAUGAGAGUUAUGGACAGCGAUUACGCCCUGUAAACUUCCAUUAUUGAAUAUACAGUCCCAUAAAAUUUUUUGACA